CAGCAUAAAAACAUUUCCACAUCUACUGGCAAGUGACAGACGGAAAGAACGAAAUCUUCUCCAUUUCGCCACCGCGCAACCGCCGAAUUGCCGCGACCCGAUCCACCGACCCGCCGCCAUUUUUCCCGACCGACCUCGAUUCUCUCUUAUUUCCCGCCGGACCUCAGCCGUUUAUGACCUGGCCUACUCUCCAAGCUUUUCACCCGCAAUUCCCCUUCCAAAACCCUAAAACCCACCGAACCAUCAGCUCCAGCGCCGACGCAUUUUCCGCCGCCGCCGUCAGGAUGAAGGACCGGAUGCCGUCUCCACACGGCGCCGUUUACGUCCCUCCUCACCAGCGCCUCCGCUCCGUCAUCGUUGCUCCCUCCGCCACUCCCCAGCCUGGUGCCACCACACCUAUCGAUUCGAAGCCGAGUUUUAGCAGCAAAACCUCAUUCCCUAAAGCUAAACCUAACAAUCCAUAUCCUUACUUGCCGCCUCACCAUCAGCUCCAACCGCAACAACAGUGUCAUUUCCGCAACACGCAGCCGCAGAAGAACCCUCAGCUUGAUGGCGUCUACGAGGAAGGCUCCCACCGUGAUUACGAGCUCCCUGUCUUCGUCGGUUCAGCCACCUCAGACAAAGUUGAUGCAUGGAAAUGGAAGAUGACCACCCUUUUACGUGACAAUGAUAAUCAAGAGAUAGUCUCAAGGGAGAAAAAAGAUAGGCGAGAUUAUGAACAGAUUGCAGCUUUAGCAAGUGGCAUGGGUUUGUAUAGCCAUAUGUAUGCAAAAGUAGUGGUUGUUAGCAAGGUUCCAUUGCCAAACUACAGGUUCGAUCUAGAUGAUAAACGUCCUCAAAGAGAGGUAAUUCUGCCACCAGGGCUGCCAAGAAGGAUAGAUGAUCACCUAAAAAAUUACCUUUCUUGUAAGCCUAGCACAGCUAUGUUUUCAAGGUCAAGCAGUAAUUGUAGUAUUGCUACUGAUGAGGGGCUUUUUGAGCUUCCUGAACCACUGCCACAUAAUACGGCUGCCAUGGAGAAUAUCAUUCGGCGGAGGAGUAUGCAAAUGCACACUGAGCAGCAGAGUUGGCAGGAAUCUGCUGAAGGUAGGAAGAUGCUUGAGUUUCGAUGUAGUCUUCCUGCUUACAAGGAAAAGGAUGCAAUAUUGAGUGCCAUUUCACAGAACCAGGUGGUUAUUAUAUCAGGUGAAACUGGUUGUGGGAAGACCACACAAAUUCCCCAAUUCAUUUUAGAGUCUGAAAUUGAAUCCAUGCGUGGAGCUGCAUGCAGUAUUAUAUGUACCCAGCCUAGAAGAAUAUCUGCUAUGUCUGUAGCUGAAAGGGUUGCCGUGGAGAGAGGGGAGAAAUUGGGUGAAACAGUUGGCUAUAAAGUUCGGCUUGAAGGUGUUAAGGGAAGGGACACACAUCUCCUUUUCUGUACCACAGGCAUCUUGUUGAGAAGAUUGCUAGUUGAUAGAAACUUGAAAGGUGUGACACAUGUCAUUGUGGAUGAGAUUCAUGAGCGUGGAAUGAAUGAAGAUUUUCUGCUCAUUGUUUUAAAAGAUUUACUCCCUCGUCGACCAGAACUAAGGUUGAUUUUGAUGAGUGCAACUUUAGACGCGGAGCUUUUUUCAUCAUACUUUGGUGGGGCUCCCGCAGUCCAUAUUCCGGGCUUUACUUAUCCAGUUCAAACACAUUUUCUGGAAAAUAUUCUGGAGAUGACGGGAUAUAGAUUGACACUGUACAACCAAGUUGAUGAUUAUGGUCAGGAGAAGGCGUGGAAAGUAAACAAGCAGGCUCCAAGAAAGAGGAAAAGCCAACUUGUGUCUGCAGUUGAGGAUGCCCUUGGAGCUGCUGACUUCAAGGAUUAUAGCCCACAGACAAGAGAGUCUCUGUCUUGUUGGAACCCUGAUUGUAUUGGCUUCAACCUUAUUGAAUAUCUUCUGUGCCAUAUUUGUGAAAAUGAGGGGCCUGGUGCUGUUUUAGUUUUUAUGACUGGUUGGGAUGACAUAAGUUCUCUUAAAGAAAAGCUCCAAUGUCAUCCUACUUUGGGAGAUGCAAGCCGGGUCUUAUUGCUGGCAUGCCAUGGUUCUAUGGCCAGUUCGGAACAGAGGUUAAUAUUCGAUGAGCCUGAAGGUGGAGUUAGGAAGAUUGUGUUGGCUACUAAUAUUGCUGAAACAAGUAUUACCAUCAAUGAUGUGGUUUUUGUUAUUGACUGCGGGAAGGCAAAAGAGACAUCAUAUGAUGCACUCAAUAAUACUCCUUGUUUACUUCCUUCAUGGAUAUCAAAGGUUUCAGCUCAACAAAGAAGGGGAAGAGCUGGACGUGUUCGGCCUGGAAUAUGUUAUCAUCUUUAUCCUAGAUGUGUAUUUGAUGCUCUUGCAGAUUACCAACUGCCUGAAAUUCUGAGAACACCUUUGCAGUCACUUUGUUUGCAAAUCAAAAGUUUAAAACUUGGUAGCAUUUCUGAGUUCCUAUCCAGGGCUUUGCAGUCACCAGAGUUGUUAGCGGUUCAAAAUGCUAUUGAAUAUCUGAAGAUCAUUGGGGCUUUGGAUGAGAAUGAAAAUCUCACUGUUUUAGGACGCUACUUAACCAUGCUUCCAAUGGAACCUAAACUUGGAAAGAUGAUUAUACUUGGAGCUAUUUUCAAUUGUUUGGACCCAGUUUUAACUAUUGUGGCUGGUCUUAGUGUUCGUGAUCCUUUCUUGGCACCACUAGACAAGAAAGAUCUAGCUGAAGCUGCGAAGGCUCAGUUUUCUCGUGAUUAUAGUGACCAUCUUGCUCUUGUCCGUGCUUAUGAAGGCUGGAGAGAUGCUGAAAAAGAUCUUGCUGGAUAUGAAUACUGCUGGAAGAAUUUUCUUUCUGCACAAUCAAUGAAAGCUAUUGAUUCUCUUCGAAGAGAGUUCUACUCUUUACUUAAGGAUGCUGGCCUUGUUGACAGCAAUGCUGCCAUUUACAAUGCUUGGAGUUACGAUCAUUGUCUACUUCGAGCAGUUAUUUGCUAUGGACUAUACCCUGGAAUCUGCUCGAUUGUGCAUAAUGAGAAGUCAUUCUCAUUGAAAACGAUGGAAGAUGGCCAGGUGUUUUUGUACUCUAACUCUGUUAAUGCACGGGAUUCUAAGAUACCAUUCCCAUGGCUAGCUUUCAACGAGAAAAUUAAAGUGAACUCUGUUUUUCUUCGGGAUUCUACAGCUGUCUCUGACUCAGUACUGCUGUUAUUUGGUGGAAGCAUUUUGAAGGGCGAUAUGGAGGGCCACUUGACAAUGUUGGGUGGAUACCUAGAGUUCUUUAUGAGCUCUGCAAUAGCAGAAAUGUUCCAAACGUUAAGGAGAGAGCUUGACGAGCUAAUUCAGACCAAACUCCUAUAUCCGAGGAUGGAUUUACAUGCAUAUCACGAACUUCUGUCUGCAAUACGGUUGCUUCUCUCAGGGGAUCAAUGCAGUGGUAAAUUUGUUUUCAACCGUCAGUUUCUACAACAAUCCAAGCCAUUUGUUGCUGCAUCAUCACCCGCAGCAGCCUUGAUAUCAAGAACCGAAAGUGGUCCCGGGGGCGAUAACUCUAAGAGCCGACUACAGACUAUACUAAGCCGAGCAGGCUAUGCAGCCCCUGUCUAUGAGACAAAACAACUUGGUAACAACCAGUUUCGAGCAACAGUGGAGUUCAACGGGACACAGAUAAUUGGCCGGCCAUGCAAUAACAAGAAACAAGCAGAAAAAGAUGCAGCAGCCGAGGCUCUGGAUUGGUUGUUAGGGGAAAACCGAGCAACAAAUGGUAAUGUUGAUCAGAUAUCAAUGUUUCUGAAAAAGAGCAAGACAGAUCACAGUUGAAGUUGUGAACUUAUGAUAUAAAACGGCGGCCACCAAGUGAUGUGUGCUCUAAGCACAGCCUCAUCAUAUUAUUCGUCUUGUGACACCGAGGCAGUGGUAUGUCAGUGCCUGAUUUUGGAACGAAACAUCACGUGGGCAUGCCAAUCCCCGGAGGGGACUGACUUUGCUAAUUUGGUGAAAGAGUCGGUAUGGGUAUGGAGCAAGCGGGGAGUUGCGUGUGUUCAAGAUAACGAGAUACCAGUCACUUAGUAGGCAAUGGCAUGGCUCACUCAGCUAUUUCAUAAACAACUACAUGGUGGCAUCAUAAAGAUGUGUGGUUGGGCGUGGGGUGGAGUGGGGUGGGGU